CUCGCUUAGGCUGAUGAUAGUAACGUUCGGAAAACACAAGGUGGUAGGUGCCUCCGGUGCGAUAAUCCUCCAAGGAAAGAAAUAUGUGCGAAACGAGAUCUCACAGGACACAGAAAAUAACAAAUGAUCAAGUGUCCUCGAACAGAGUAAAAAAUACUUGUGUUAUUAUGUGGUGCGCGGAUUGUGAUGAACGGUGCAGAUGCCGGCUAAUGUGUUAAAAAUAAAACUAGUGUUCUAACCAGAAAUAAGCACAUGAGAUUAUUUUUAUAAACCAGUCUUCCAUCUAAAGCAUUACCAUGGCCCUGGUGAUGCUUCCCUGCGACCUGCCCUGGUGGCCGCAGCUGCAACGUCUCCUCAUCAGUCUACAAUCUUCCUCGAGCACAAAAGAUUUAGUCGACGGAAUGCGAAAAAUCCACGACAUGUGCAACAUCAGCUUAGAUCCAGAAGAAGAUGACAGAGAUGCUGCAGCAUUGUUCGAAGGCCUGACAUUGUUCCUGGAAACAUGCCUGUCGGAAGAAGAAAAGCAAAUAUUUAUGGAUAGGACUUUGAAAUGUAUGGUGCAGAGGGCGUUGGAUUUGAAGAAGUGGAGGCCACCGAGAGGGUUGCACUUCAGUUUGCAACAACAAGCUGAUUGCAACGAGCUGAGCCAAAACCUCCUGUCAUCGCUCCUGGCGCACGCUUUUUUUAGCACCUAUCCGAAGAGGACAAACAAAACGCAUCCAACUCUUCAAGACUUCAAUUUCACGCAUUUCUUCACUCAUCUGGACUCAAAUAUACAACAGGCCAAACUGAAGAGCAUACUUCACUAUUUCGAUUGGAUCGAAAAUAAUAACAAUACUCAAGGCUCUGUUAAAAUAUCCCGACAGGUGAUGUCAAGUAGACAUUGGCUAACGAUAGAAGACUGGCUCGAAUGCUCAUUACCUUUAUGUCCAUUAAAAAUUAAACACGAAGGAAGAUUAAGUAGAGCAGAUCCUGAUACUUUGCAUGUUUGUUUUAGUAAUUCCCUGGUCGGUGGAAAAGUCCUCACACACGGAAAUAGUCAGGAAUGUCUGCAAUUUUGUUCAAUGCCAGAAUUAUUAUGCAUGAUGCUGUCAUGCGAAGCAUUAGAAGAUAAUGAAACGAUAUUUAUAGAAAAUGCUAGGAAAACAACAAGGUUGGAUCAGCAUAAAAGUAGACCAUCUUUUGAAUUUUUAGAGGAACCUCAAGAGAUUUCAGUGUGUUGCAUGGAUCCAGAAGACUAUUCCAAACUUCCAGCAAGUCAAUUUGAAGAAGACAAUGUAUUACGGGAAUUGAACAAGUGUCUACUAGCAUUUCGGCAGAAACCUUCUGUAGUUAACGAAUCUUUAGAAAGUAAAAGCUCAGAACCAGAACAUUGUUCUCAUAGAAGAUUGUCACCAAUUGGAGAAUCAAUAUGUAAUACACCACCAGACGUUGAAGCAACUGUGAUAAUAAAAAAACCAACUUCGAAAUCUCCGACGCCUCCAGAAAUCGUAACAAAUCCUAUAGAUCGAAAGAGGUGGUUAUCGCCUUGUGACAAUACUGUCAACAGCCGCAGAGAGCGAUUUAUAGUCCUUGGUUCUUCCGGAGAAUGUCUUCCAGUCAAUAGACGAGCAAGUCCUUUUCCAGAUUUAAUAAGGCAAAAUUUGCCAAUAUCAGAAGAUACUAGCAGUGAUGAAGAAUUUCACAGCGCGAGAACAAGUUUGGAUGGUGGCAGUGGAGAUGAGACCCAAGCUCGACGAUACAGUCUAGAACUGGAUACUCCAGCAAGGCGUAGUACGUUUGCAGCAAGGCUACGAGAAGCCUUAAGGCAUGAAAGUGAUUUCAGCAGUUCCACUGCCGACGAUUUCGACGAAGAUGCAUCAGGAUACGCUGUUGGAAUCAGCGUGGCUGGUAGCGGACUGGCGGAUGGUGAUAUCAGGUUGCGUCGGGGUGGUUCAGGUGGCUUCAUGCUGACAGCAGAACGCGGCGGUGCAUCCGGCGACAGUGAUGUACACUUCAAUGAAUCUUUCGAUAUGAAACGUGCACCUCCUUUGCAUCGACACGACACUAGCGAAUCGUCUCGAUAUAGUUUCAGCACGGAAUACAGCUCAGAAUUAGAAGAAGUUUAUGAACAGUUUUCUAGGUGGCUCGAAGACCCUAUAUUCGAAUCCAAGUCUAAGAAACCACGAGAGCUGGACGCUCGAGAUCUGGCGGUGGUCAGGUUUGCCGGAUCUUUAUUAAAACGAACACUUAGCGAAUCAUUUGCUGGAGUUCCUUUAACGGAAGGAUGCGUCAACAGCACCGGAAUUGCGGCAGAAAAUUCUUCGAUCGUAGAAUACAACAGGCGAAAGAACCAAAUAGCGGUUACCGCGCGGUCGCUGAGUUUGGAGUUGGCGAGGCACAAACACCGAUUGGCGGCACAAUUGACCGAGAUCGAUGAAAAUGAAAAUUUAACGGAUUCGAACGAAGAUAAACAAUCAGUAUUGAGCUAUAGUACUGGUUCACUGCCUUCUGAUGCUAGUAUAGAAACAAUAAUUCACAACUGUGCACAAAUCACAAAUUCUUCAGACACAAAUGUGCCAAAUAAACGUAAACUUAAAUGGGCGGUCACAGUCAUAGAGGCGAUGGAACAAACACUAGCCAGCGAAAAUGUAGUAUUGUCACUUCCAAAAUCUAAGAUAUCCGAAAUAGCUCAUAAACGUCACAACAAAGGGGGCCUCAAAUCGAUAUCAACUGGAAAUUGGGGCUGCGGAAAGUCUCAUGCAGGUGACCCCCAAUUAAAACUUAUUAUUCAAUGGUUAGCCGCCAGUGUAGCCGGAGUACCGACGCUUAUUUAUUACACAAAUGGACAUGAAAGUCUAGCUAAAUUGGAUACCUUAUGCCGAGUGCUGGUCGAUCGAAAAUGGACCGUCGGCGAAUUAGUUUCGGAAACAUUAGGAUAUUCUCAAGCCCUUUUAUUAAAACACCAAACUAACAGUGAAGUACAUUUAAAGACAUUAUUUGAAACGUUAAUUUCUGGUAUUUAG